AUGGCUUCUAACCCACUGAGGCAACCCCAACCACAGCGACAACAUCUGCAAAACUUCAAGGUUCGAGCAGCCUGCGAACCUUGUCACCGGAGGAAGAUAAAAUGCCAGCCUCCAGUAGACGGAGGCGCCUGUCAAGCAUGCGAAACAAAUGGCCGCAAAUGCUUGUUUGCCCCUCGUGCAAAAGCAGGUCGGCCACGGAUAUCGCGAAACAAUGACCCCGAGCCGAGUGCCUACCAGCGAACUAUUCCCGACGAGCAAGAUGACUUGCAUGAUAUGCUGAAUUCAGACGGAAUGACCGGUAUUGCACUGCCUCCAAGUCUUGAUUGGACUGAUAUGAGCAACAUUGAGGUUACCAAUUUUUUCAACGAGGACUACAGCCCGCUGUCACUCGAUCAUCUAGAUAGUCGUUCUGAACAAUUGGCAGCGAACUGUAAUAACACAAAACAAGGGAAGUCCGUCAUAGGGGUUUCCGGAACAGUUACAAGCAGCGAUGGGUCCGUCGAUUCUCAACCUCGAUCUUUAUCAUCGGAGCGACCACCUGCUCACGAUGAAUUCACCACCUUACUCCAUGUGUGCACAGAAUUGCAAAGCAUGCACCUCAAUAUCACGGCGUCUGGAGUGCCGCUUAGGAACCAGCUGCAGCUGAUGUUGCAAAAGCUUGAUACAGCUGGCGAUGUGAUGAUAGAUAUGAUCGGACAAAUUCAAAUCCCAUCUCACGUCUGUGCAUCACUUCCAAGGACUAUAACCGCACUGUCAACUCUCAUAGUAACAACUCUGCUCCGACUGCUCGAAGUCUGUGACUUGCUUAGUCAAAGCACUAUACCGAAAAUCCAGACGCUGAGCCAAGUCCGGCUUCUCAAACGCAUAGAUUUCAACAUUGCCCAAGUCCGAACAGCGGUCAAGCAGUUGGAAGCCGUUCAACCACUGCUAGCAAGUGUCACGAGAGAUAUCCUAGUGAGGUCUUCUCUCCUUCGUCAAGAAAUACAAUCUGCAACAGAUGAGUUGCCGAUUGAGCUGGGUGGCAUAUUAUGA